GGAGAAGCUUCUGCCGCUCACGCAGAGAUGGCCCCGGGCGAGCAAGUUCCUACUGUCCGGCUGCGCCGCAACCGUGGCCGAGCUAGCUUCUAAAGACAUCUAAAAUGAGUCAGUGAAGUGAUGACCUGCAUUGGCGGUUUGAUGCCUCCUUGAACAUCAGUGGCUUGUACAGAAACAUCCCUGUGAAAUGUGUUGGAAAGAACUGGAUGAACAAUAGGAAUGGAAGGCCAAGGAAUCAAAGUUGGUAAAGGGGAGUACUCACUGAGUCAGCGUGACAGCCUCAACCAUGAGGGAACCAAAACAACGAAGCAAAAAAAAAAAAAAAUGUGUUUUGAGAAGCAGAAUUUGUACUUAGGUAGAGGCGCCUACCUCUUCACAUUCUGUUUAGUUUCAUGUGUUGAUAAGACCCUUUGUAAGGUGUGUGUGUGUGUGUGUGUGUACCACUGGAGUCUUUUUAAGACUCCAUAUAUAUAUGCAAGAUAAGAUAACAUCUUCUUAGGGACAUUGUUGGUUAGAUACUAACUUUCCAAAAUCUAAUGGAAAUGCGUAACACAUCCCUCUCCCUCCCCCACCCCCACCUCGUAUCUUAGAAAAGGUAUUCAUGGAGUGUGGAUUGGGCAGAGGUCACUGAAAAUUUUAUGUGCUGCAAGUGAUGUUCCUGAGAUUGACUUCAUAUCCCUCUUAAGAGUUUAUUCAGGGCGUUGUGUGUAUGAAGUGUAUUAUGGGUCAAGUAGCUGAAAUAUGCUUUCAGAUCAAAAUAAACUGUCUCGGAUUCAACAUAUAAGCAGAUUUUCCAGUUAACAAAGGUGGGACUUACAAAGAACUCUGUGAAUGGGCCAUGUAUAAAACUUAUCAGUUCAGAAGUUGCCUCAGUUUGAAGAAUUUGUCUACCCCUGUAUACAGAAGACAUUCCAACUUCAUCGCAUCUUCUCCUUCUCAAACAUCAGUUUUGUGGUUCAUUCUCAAAAGAAGAACCUAUGAAAUCAUAGAACUCCGCUUCAAAUGUGUUCUAAAUUUGUAUUAGAUCCCAAACAAUAGUGGCUGUGGUCAAGAAGAUAGAACAGGAUACUUUAAGCUGUUUCUCAUUGGGAAAAUUGAAAUGGGUUUGAGAUUAAAUUUUUUAUUGAAAAGAGAUCAAGGAUUGUCCUACUUUUGUGGGAUUAUUUUGUUUUACCUUUGGAUCUGGGAAUGCUUUGGGGCAGGGAAUCUUAGAUUUUAGAAGGCGUGAGAUUGUACUUUGUAAAUCGGCCAUCUCCGAGGUCAGAAUGUGUGGUGAUGGGUUCGGAAGUGUGCAUUUUCCACAGGUUCCCUAGCUAGUGCUGCUAUAUUCUCCUACUUCAGAGUCUCCUAAUCUUGGGGCAAUGCUAAUCCUCUAAUUUUAGAGGUUUUUGUUGUUUUGUCUGAAUGUUUUGGGGGUUUCCUCCCCUUCGUCUGUUUUCUAUUUCAUUAGCAACCUUUCCCCUCGAUCUCACAAAAACCCGACUCCAGAUGCAAGGAGAAGCUGCCUUAGCUAGGCUGGGAGAUGGUGCGGUGGGAUCCACCCCUUACAGGGGCAUGGUGCGCACAGCCCUGGGAAUUGUCCAGGAAGAAGGCUUCCUAAAGUUGUGGCAAGGAGUGACACCCGCCAUUUACAGACACGUAGUGUACUCUGGAGGUCGGAUGGUCACCUAUGAACAUCUCCGGGAAGUUGUAUUUGGCAAAAGUGAAGAUAAACAUUAUCCCCUCUGGAAGUCGGUCAUUGGAGGGAUGAUGGCUGGUGUCAUCGGACAGUUUUUAGCCAACCCCACUGACCUUGUGAAGGUCCAGAUGCAAAUGGAAGGGAAACGUAGACUGGAAGGGAAACCUUUGAGAUUCCGUGGAGUACAUCAUGCGUUUGCAAAAAUCUUAGCUGAAGGAGGAAUCCGUGGGCUCUGGGCAGGCUGGAUACCCAAUAUUCAGAGAGCAGCACUUGUGAACAUGGGAGAUUUAACCACUUACGACACAGUGAAACAUUACCUGGUAUUGAACACGCCACUUGAAGACAAUAUCUCCACUCACGGCUUAUCCAGUUUGUGCUCUGGACUUGUGGCUUCUAUUCUGGGAACACCAGCUGAUGUCAUCAAAAGCCGAAUAAUGAACCAGCCUCGAGACAAACAAGGAAGAGGACUUUUGUAUAAGUCAUCAACUGACUGCUUGAUCCAGGCUGUUCAAGGGGAAGGCUUCCUGAGCCUGUACAAAGGCUUUCUACCCUCGUGGCUGAGAAUGGUAAAGAUAGGGAAGCUCUGUUUCUUCCUUUCCUUUUGUUUUCUUUGUAUUUCAAUUACUUGUACUUUGCAGAUAUUUUUCAUUUUCUCCACUGAUGUUUGGCAUGGCCUUGCCUGCACAAGAGGCCCGUUCAUCCUUCCCUUUUUAAGUGUUUAUUAUAGGAUUGUUGGUUUUUGUUUUUUUUUUUUUUCUGUUACUGUUUCUUUAGCAUCAUGUUUCCUUUCUUGACAGAGUAAGGCUAAGUGACCCUGUCACUUUUAUUAAUAAACAGGUUGAUAAUGCAUUACAUAUGUACAUAAAGACAGAUUUUGUUUUAAGCGAUAUGAAGCCUUUAGUAGUUUUAGCUAAAACAACCUAGGUCGGGAUGAAUAUAUCAAGAUUUCAGAAUGUCUCGGGAAUGAUGCUGCUUUAGAACUUGUUUUGAUGACAAAGUUAUACAGGUGUGAUUACCACAGAGACCCUGCUAUAAAAGAGUGCCAGGCCCCACUGUGCUUCUGCCAUUUACUCCAGGGUACUAGACAGAGUUAGCGAUGCAGUAGCUGGCAUUCACAGCACGGGUCUUUUGUAAGUACUUAUACUUGAAAAUGUAGAUGAGUUAUGGGGAUAGACAAUCAAAAAUCAACGUGAUACAAUACACACACACACUUGAGUGCAUGCCCAAUUGAAUAGACCUAACUUUGGGUAAGAAACUAUGAAUGGUGGCUGUCACAAGAAGACUUUGUAGUGCUUUGGAGAUACACAGUGUUAGAUACAGCCUACACUGGGUAAUUUCGAAGGCCUCUCCCUAGGAUAGACUUGAAGACUGAAUAAGGCUCGGCCAAGCAAAAUGGUGAGAAAACGUUCUCUGGAGAUAGGUGGAGAGUACUGAGAGCCCAAGGCAGGGGAGUGCAGGAAACACAACUGGCCAUUGGGCAGAGAACAGGGCAAAAGGUGAGACAGAGAGGCAGAAAGCAGACAGGCAGGGUGAACGGUGCAUACUGGGGUGUGCUGUGGCUUGGCCAGUUCUGCACUUCUAGAUCAUUCUGUCUUUCCUGUGCUAAGAACAAGGUCUGGAGUGAUCAAUGGAACAUAAUGGUGGUGCAGAGGGCAAUCUGGCAGUGAGGGAAGAUGAUACCUUUUCAUAGGUGUCUGGGCCAUAGAAGCUCAUUAGGGUAGCUGAAUGACCAGAGAAGAUAAGAAGAAAAACCAGGACCUGGGCAAUUGGUGCUGCCAGGAGCCUGUACAGGUCAUCGGGGCAUCAUUUGCAGGGCAACAAAAUGUAGAGUCAAUAAAUACAAUUUUUAAUACAGAAUGUUUGGGGUACCUAUAGGACAUCUGAAUAGAUAAAUAUACAGAAGACUGUCUUAAUGUCAGAAUUAGAUCAAUAUAGGAAUCUAAUGUAGGGGAAGUAGGGAAUGGAGAUGCAGGGCAUAUGAGAACAUACAGAUGGGACAGUAGAUGGCUAUUGAUAAGAACAUUAACAGCAAGAGCUCAUAGCAACGCCUGAUACAAGGUGUGUCAGUCAACCUGUUACUGUAACCAAAUACCCAACAUUGGACAAAACAAUCUGAAAAAAGACAGAAGGGUUUAUUUGAUCUCCUGGUUUCAGAGGUUUCAGUCUGUAGUCAGCUGAUUCCAUUACUUUCGUAGACUGGUGGGGCAGAACAUCUUGGCAGGAGCAGAGACAGGAAGGGGCCAGAGACAGGUGCACCCUUCAAAGACUUCCCACACACACCCUGUCCAGGAAGUAGAGAGAUCUUUUCAGGAAGGAGCCAGGGACAGAUGCACCCUGCAAAGACUCCUCCCACUCACCCUGUCGGGGUGAAGGAGAUGGAUUAGGAAAUAAAGUAUCAUCAAGCAGGCAUCAUCAUGGUGUGUGUUACUGUCCUGUUGAUUGCUGCAACGUAUGAUUGAAUCCAGACAUUUGAUUCAUAAAAACCUUUGGGUACCCAGAUGGCUUCACUGGAACUUAUAGUUAUACCUUGUUUAUCCACACCACACCACACAUUUGAUAAAUUAUGCAGGUACCUGGUGCCUCCAGGCCAGCCUGUUCUUCAGAAGGACAAGCCCGAUGUGGGCCCAAGUCAGUACUGGAAAGUCUUUUGCUAAGCAUCUCAGCCAGAGGAGCUUUUCUGAAAACUUAAGGUUUAAGAUUAUCAUGCCAAGAAGGCUUUUGAAUAGCCAGCUCUGCAGAAACCAACAUGAAAAAGGCCUACGGUGGGCUCGAGACAAACCUAAGGCAGCAACAUGGGACCAGACACACUUGGAUUAUUUACAGCAGCCCCAAAUGUGCUGGUGGCAAACUCAGUAAGCACAGACUGCAUGCUCACUGACAGGGUACAGAGGCUCAGUCAGUCCUACCCAUUACCUCUCCAUAGUCUGGCUAAAUGCUCUCUCUCUCUCUCUCUCUCUCUCUCUCUCUCUCUCUCUCUCUCUCUCUCUCUCUCUCUCUCUCUCUCUAAUUUAAACCCACUAAGCCCCACCAUACUCCCCAUCACUAAGAAAGUCCCACAACAGGAGUCAUAGAGUUGCUUCACCCAGCCCCUGUGGUUUUGAGCCUGUAAUGACACAAUCAUAUGAAGACACCAUUUGAACUGGUCGCAGGGUCCUUCUUACACAGGAGCCCAGCUCCGUGGUCUCUCUUGCAGUUGCCUCCUUGACUGAUCCAUUCUGAUGACAUGGGAUGUGGCACGUUCACAGCUUUGUGCUUGUUAUCUCAGCUAUGUGUGUGCACAUCAGUUAACCUCUAUGUACGUAGUGCGUUCUUAGUCUGCCGAUGAGACAUGGUCAGUAUUUCCCAGCUCGGGCAUUCACAUUCUUUUACAAACACAGUUAGAAGAUUCAGUUUAGAUUCAACCUAGUUAAGCUGACCUCUCUGCUCUAGAAUGGUAACUCUCUCUAGUCACUGAUCAGAACCAAACUAGAGAGGGGUUCAGUCCAAGCACUCUCUGGUAAUCCCUACUUCCUAGGGUUCCUGACUCCUUCCAGACCACAUCCUUCGUAGUUCCUGUGGGUAGAUCAAGCCGUUCUGAGGGGGCGACUCCUUUUUCUCUCCCACAUAAAUUUGUUUAUGCAGAUUACAAGGCAUCUAGGACUGAGAUUUUUAUGACCCAGCCCUUAAAGACUUAUCUGUAUCUUCCUCACAUCUUAAGGAUCUAAUUAGACAGCAGCUUAGUACAGAAGUCAAGGCAUCCCAGGCUGGAGCUUUUUAGCAGAAUGGUCAGUGUGGUCUAGUUCCACACUAUGUCAGUGGGCAGCAGACUAAGGCCCAGCAUCCUCCUCGGUAAAAUGGAGAUAAGAUCUGUUUGUUUUGUUUUUUUUUUUUCUAUUGCAAGUUGUUCUUACGGAAAUCUGUGGUCAAUAUGACAGGAAAAUGCUUUGUAAGUUUCAAGGCGAUUUACAAAGGUAAACUAUUAAGAUAUUUGUGGGGCAUUUGUUUUGUUUUGUUUUUACAAGUGGAUUGAAAAUGACUGUCACUCAAAGAUGCAUAUGUAGAACAUUUAUAACUGCUUUGAAAUGUGCACUAACCUCUUUGGUUAAUCUUUCAGACCCCUUGGUCAAUGGUGUUCUGGCUCACUUAUGAAAAAAUCAGAGAGAUGAGUGGGGUCAGUCCAUUCUAAGCCCUUAAGCUAGAGUGCUCA